AUGCCGGCUCAAAUCGCUAGAAGCGGAUCUUGCGAAAGCAGAGCGAAAGCAGAGACGAAGAAGGAACGAAAGAUGGCGAUGCGAUACCACAAGAUAAAGUUCUUUGAUAAGCAAAAGGUAAACCGAAAGAUCGCCCAAACCAAACGAGCGCUGGAGGCACCAGAUCUGGACAAGAAAGAACGUAAGAAGUUACAAAAAGAGCUCUUGUCCCAUCGUGUGGACUUGAAUUACAUACUGAACCACCCCAAACUCGACAAAUACAUUGGCCUGUAUCCUUCGAGCGAAUCGAAUGACGACCGGACAGAUAAAUUGCGUGAAGAACGGCGCCUACUUGUACGACAAGCCAUGGAACGAGGGGAAAUGGAUGCCGAGCCGGAAAAUCGAAGGUCAAAUGGGAAUGGCCAAGUCGAAGAACUUGAUGGAGGAGGAUCAGCUGAGCUCGGGGCCUCGGACGACGAUGACGAUGACGAUGAUAGCGGGACCGAUGGGGAAGGGGGGAACCGAAGCCAUCAAAGGCACCCUCAAAUCGUCAUCAAGCCAAAGAAAUCCAAGUCAGCUCCACUUGCAUUCCAACAACAGUUGGUGAGCGUCAAGGACGAUGAUUUCUUCGAUGCGUAG